AUGCUGAUUGGAAAUGGGGAAACAGCUAAGAUAUGGCAGGAUCAUUGGGUACAACAAAACCCAGCAAGAGAGGCUAGAGUAAUGCGUUGCGACAUAGCAGAUAGUAGGAGAGGAGUUCAUAAAGACAUGAGAGUUUGUGAGCUUCUUCAGAACCAAGGACGUGAGUGGAAUAGAGAAAAAGUGGAGAGAAUCGUCCCACCACAGGAAAGACACCUCAUCGAGAGGGUACAGAUUGGUGGACCAAAGAGUAAAGAUGUAUAUGUUUGGAACUACACCAAGACAUGCCACUACUCGGUGAAAUCAAAGUAUUGGGUUCAGUGCAAUGAGGUGGGGAAGCGCCGUGAGCCAACGAUGAUGAAUCAACCUAGCUUUGACUUUCUUUAUCAGUUGGCGUGGAAAUCCAAAGCAAGCCCGAAGGUACAUCAUUUUCUGUGGAAGUGUAUCUCAAACUCACUACAUGUUGCGGAGAACAUGAAAAAAAAACACAUGGCUAGAGAUGGGCAGUGCCUAAGAUGUGCUCACGGGACAGAAAAAAUAAACCACGUUCUAUUCCAAUGUCCGUUGGCGAGACUGGUCUGGGCCCUAUCCUCAAUUCCCACGCCUCCAGGAGGUAUCUUAGAUAACUCACUCUACUCUAAUUUGUUUCAUGUUCUGAAUCUGGAGAAAGAGUAUCCUAAAGAGGAUGUUCAAGCCGACACAGGGAAAGAGUAUGAGGCGAUGAGCAUUCUCCAAAAGCAAGAGAGGACGCAGAGGGAUGGAGAGAAAGGGAGAGGGGUGAAAAAUGUAAGGUUGAAAAGAAGACUGCAAGUAGGACCCAAAAGUGUGAAUCCGAUUCAGAAAUGGAAGCCACCUCCGAUAAAUUGGCUCAAGUGUAACACUGAUGGUGCGUGGCACAAGGACAGAGAGAACUGUGGACUUGGUUGGAUCUGUCGAGGCAACAAUGGGAAGCUAAUUUGGGUGGGAGCAAGAGCGAUUCAAAGGUUAGGGUCGAGUAUUGUGACAUAA